AUGGUGCACCCAGAUAUCUUUCCCAAGGCUACUGUGAGGAUGAAUGUUAAACCGGAUCAAGUGAACGAUGAUGUUAACCUGGAUGAAGUGAAUGAUUAUGUUAACCCGGAUGAAGUGAAUGAUGAUGUUAAAUCGGGUGGUAGACCGGUUAUUGUCGAGGUAGAUGUUCGUGAACAAAUGAUACAGUGGACCCGCAUGGAGACCGAAAAAUUAGGGUUUGUCAUUGUAAUUAGAAGGUAUGACAAUGAUUUUAAUAAAAGUCAAGCAUUUGUAACAAUGAGAUGCGUAAGAAGUGACAUGUACCAACCACUACUUAGAAGGUUGAAACGUGAUGACAAUGGAUCAAGUAAAUGUGAGUGUCUGUUUAAAUUGCGCGAAUACCGUAAGACAAAUGAUACAUGGAAAUUUAAUGUGGUUUCUAGUAUACAUAACCAUGUCUUGUGUCAAAAGCUAGUCGGUCAUCCUAUUGUAUGUCGUCUUAUUUCGGAUGAGAAGGAACUUGUUUCGGACAUGACAUUAAAUAUGGCGGCGCCGAAAAAUCAUACUUGCAACUUUGAAACAAAAAAUACCUCAAAAUGUUUCAAAUAUCAAACAUGUAUACAAUGUGUGUGCCGAAACAACAAGGCAAUAAGAUGUCCAAGAUCUAAAAUGCAACAAUUAUUUGAACUUUUGGAGGAUGACCAUUAUGUUUCUAGGUACAAGGUUUGUAAGGAUAAAGUCAUUAUUCAAGAUAUAUUUUGA